GGCUUGCCGUAGCGUUCCAGUCUCCAUGGUGACAACAUCAAACUCACCUGUUUCCCUCGCUGUCAGCCGGUUAAAACUUACUCUAUGUUAAUUUAAACUUUUUAAAAAGUCAAAUGUUUGACCAGGAGGAGUUUGAUAAAUACCUCACCGUGUUUGAAGGCUCUUCCCCGGAGGAUGUGUCUCACGCCCGGCACUUCUGGAGCUCUCAGUCUCUCCUCCCUCCGUUGGAGUCCCGACUCGUGUCUGCAGAUAUCCGCCAGAGGCUGCCCGUGUCCCGGCCUCGGGGAAGCAGCACCGCCGGUCUGAAGCUCUCCUCCCCGCGGCUGGAUGCCCUCGCUCUCCGGCAGAGGCAGGAGGAGAGGCGGCGGUACGAAGCCAUGGCGGACCAGAAGAAGGAGAUCCUGGCGCUGCUUAGGAAACAGAGAGAGCAGAGGAUCCAGAAGGAGCUGGUCUCUGUGGACUUUAAAAGGAAGGUGAAACUGGGCCCAGUAAAACCGGUACAGCUGCAGGAUGCAUCAGAAUCAGAGAUGGAGAAGGAGCUGGUGAAGCAGCUGCAAUAAGAACCUCAAACAUAUGUUUAAAUAGGAUUCAUGUUGAUUACUGUGGAGCAAAUGUGGAUUAAAAAAAUAUGAUAAUUAGAUAUUAAAUCAGCCAUUUUUAUUAAUAACAAAGGUACAAAUAUUCUACAAUAAAAAAAAUAUUUUUCACA